UGGGUAAGAGCGUGUUCCGUCGAUUCGUUUGAAUCAGAUGUGUUGGUGAAUGCUGGUGCACAGUUUCCACUGUGUUCUAGUGUAAUUUUUUACUAAUUCGGUGGAGGAUUUUCGUAAUCUGCUGCCAAUAUGAAACUUGUUCGAUUUCUAAUGAAAAUGAGUCACGAAACUGUGACCGUUGAGUUGAAGAAUGGCACCCAAGUGCACGGCACCAUCACAGGCGUUGAUGUGUCCAUGAACACUCACCUGAAGGCGGUGAAGAUGAGUCUGAAGAACAGAGAGGCGGUGCAGCUGGAGAGCCUCAGUAUCCGUGGCAACAACAUCCGCUACUUCAUCCUGCCUGAUAGCCUGCCUCUCGACACGCUCCUCGUUGACAUCGAGCCCAAGAUCAAGGCCAAGAAGAGAGAAGCUGCUGCUGUGGCAGCUCGUGGGCGUGGGCGUGGGAGAGGAAGAGGCCGUGGGCGAGGCAGAGGAAGAGGAGGAUCCAGGCGCUGAAGCUGAAGCUGAAGCCAUCAUGUUGAACACUUUUGAUUGUGAAAGGUUUUACUUUUCAAAAGUUUGUUUUUGGCAGUGGAGAUGUUUUUGGUGGCAACAGUUCUGCAACCUUUUUUCUUUUUCUUUUUUUUUAAACUUUAGACAUCACGUUGAGCAGUUCAAAAGCCAGAGCAGCUGUUGAGUCAUUCCUUGUAUUUGUGUUGAUUUGUUGAUUGUCUUGGAAAUAAAAUUUUCAUUACUUUUCAUUAAA